AAGCCACCAAGGUAUGCUUAGGAAACUUAGGACUUCUUUGGAAAUAUAGUGAUCGGAAAGGUUGUCCGAAAACGAACAACUGUUUUAAAUGAGUAUGGGUCUGAACUGAAGGUUAAUGUGGAAUUGACAUCUUUUGCUGCUUUUAAUGAUUUAAAUAAUAGUAAAAUUGGUAGGAAAAAAAGAUACAGUGGUCGACUACUCGAAUAUGGCUACACCGUAUCGACAGGGAUUGUAGGAAAUAGGUAAUACAAAAUAACAUACAUUUCUUUUCCACCAAAUGAUGAUAAAAGACGGACCAAUGGCGAUGAUAACAAUUCCAGUGGUGGCCUACGGUCCAAUGGCUAUGGUGGUUGUUCAGUGAAGAGUGAAUAUUGUGUGUUUGAAUAGAAGCGCGGUGCCCACCGCCGACCCGACCGACAGACAUCUCAAUUACCUUUGGGUCCCCUAAUCAACGACAGUGCAGCAGAGACCGGAACGUUCGGCCGUUUCCUCCGUCUUGUCACGGUAAAAGAAAAGCAGCAGUCUUCUUAGGAGGACUACGAAGACCAGUCUUAUCAUGUACGGGAUGCUGCUGGAAAGCGUUCAGCACUUUGUGCAGCUCGAGUAUGGCGAACUCGUAUGGAAGCAGGCGUUACACACGGCCGGCUGCAAGCUAACCGUAUUCAACACGUAUCAGCAAUAUCCGGACAGCCUUAUCCCGGACCUGGCCGCAGCCUUGUCAGCCAUUACCGGCAGAAGUAUUGACGAUUUCAUGGUGUUCUUUGGGCGAUGCUUCGUACGAUUCUUCAGCAAUUUUGGCUACGACGAGCUGAUCAAGGCAACAGGAAGAUACUUUUGCGACUUUCUCCACUCGGUGGAUAACAUCCACCUGCAGAUGCGGUUCACAUAUCGAAAGAUGAAGAGCCCCUCGAUGCAGCUGACCGAGGUAGAUGAACAGGGUGCGGUCUUGGUGUACAGAAGUACCCGAUCAGGAUUUUCCAAAUAUCUGAGAGGACAACUUAUGGAAAUUGCUAAGCAGCUGUACAAUAUGGACGUGACGAUUAAGGUGCUGGAGAGCCAGAAUGACGUUCCCGGAGGAACGGCAGGACCAAUUUCAAUUCAAGGAGGACUCAAGACCGUGAUCGUCAAGUAUCGGUUGGAUUUCGACAAUCGAGACUACAUGCAAAGACGUGUUCACAUCACCGCUCAUCCCUCGCAAUUACAAUUGGCUGCGGUGGACAGCAAUGUUUUGCUGGAGCUGUUUCCGUUUGCGCUAAUCUUGAACGAACAAAUGAGGAUUACAGCCGCCGGUGAGAAACUUAUCGAAUCGUGGAUGCUUAACAAUACCAAUCGUUCACCAACGGAGCUCAUGGGAGCCAAGGUGACUGAACACUUUAAGCUGCGCCGUCCAACUGGAAUCACGUUCACUUGGGAGAAUAUGAAGCGCCUCCAAACAGUAAACUUUGAAAUUCAACUGCUCAAGGGAACAACGGCCACCGAAGCUGCAGAAGCGAGCGGCAUAGACCUUAAACCAUCGAUACCAGAACAUGACGAUCCAUCCAAGUUGAUGUCAAUCGCCCGCCGUGGUUCGCAGGGUCUAAGGAGCAUUCUUUUGAAAGGAGAAAUGCGCUACAUAAAAGACAUCAAUUCCUUGGUCUUCUUGUGCAGUCCUCUAAUCAACAACCUGGAGGAGCUGCGUGAAGUUGGGCUAUAUCUAAACGAUCUGAACACUCAUGGGCUCAGCAGGGAAAUGGUAUUCUCCGGAUUUUCACACAACUCCCGGCUAGAUCUGAUGUGUGAGCGCGAGGAAAAGCGAGCUGAAGAGCUGGAAACGUCGUUGGCCUUGGCCGAUUCGUGGAAACGGCAGGGUGACGAGUUGUUGUACUCGAUGAUCCCUAGGUCGAUAGCUGAACGGCUGCGAGAAGGGCAGAAUCCUCUGGAGACAUGCCAGAGCUUUGAGGAAGUGACUGUUCUGUUUGCAGAAAUUCAGGAAUCGCUUAUGUCCGAUGACUCGAUUAAGUACGCGAUGACGACGGUGAACACGCUGAAUGCGGCCUUUUCCGCAUUUGACGAGUUGAUACAGUCGCCGAUGGCCUACAAAGUCGAGACAGUUGGCAAGGUCUAUAUGGCGGUCAGCGGUGCGCCAGAUGUUAAUCCUUGCCACGUACAGCACACGGGUGAUCUAGCGUUGGGGAUGCUUCAGAGUAUCCAUGACCUAAACCUGCCGGGAGUUGGAGUGAAAAUCGGAUUCCAUACCGGGCCAAUCGUUGCCGGAAUCGUCGGUCUGAAGGUGCCACGGUACUGUUUGUUUGGCGAUACGGUUAAUACAGCAUCCCGGAUGGAGAGCAGUAGCGACACCAAUAAGAUCCAGGUUUCCGGAUAUACAGCCAACAAGCUGAGGAAAUACGGUUUUCAACUAACGUUUCGAGGAAAAGUUUCUGUGAAAGGUAAAGGAGAAAUGGAAACGUUUUGGUUGGAAGCAGGACCUAGCAGUUCAGGUAAACGUGUAUCCGUGGCUAAAUAAUCACAUUGAACGUUAGCGAGCGGUUUCUUGCACUAGGAGACAGUUUCAGAAUGUGCCUUCACUUACGCAAUUACACUCAAUAGGACUCAAUUUACACAUGUUCACAAAGACUUUCACUUGCUAGUUGAUUCUUGGAAAAUAAAUGUGUCUAUAUCUACUGUUGUAA